AUGAUUCCUCCACAGCACAACAAUCAACUUUCAGCAAGCAUACAAACUGCACAGUCAGAAGUAAAUGAGAAAACCCAAAGAAGGGAUUCUAUCAAAGUUUCUAUUGAAAAGCAGAAGGUGAUAUGUAAUGAAUUCUGGAAGAAAUUUGAAGAUGAAAAAGCUGAAGACAGAACUGCAAGAGCUGCAGUUAGUGCCAAACUCCAACAUAUGGAGUCACUCCAAUUAAUGUUAAACAAGCUGAAAAAUGUACAGUCCAUUGAGGAACUUGAUGCCAAGAUACAAUCAAUGGAAUUUGAUCUUCAGCAUAUAACCAUGCCACUGAAAGAAGAAAAGAAAUAUAUUCAUGAUCUUAAACAGUUAAGGCAACAGUGAGACCAACUCACUUCUAAUAUGGGCUCAAUUACUGAAAUGGAUGAGGCAUUUGAUCAAAAGGAACAGAUUGAUGAGCGAUUUAAUCUUUUGAAGAAGGAAUUGGAUUCUCUUAGAACUGAGGUGCUGCGAACUGAAGCAAAUGCAAAUGUUGCCAGGAAGAAGUAUGAUGAGGAACAACAAAUUUUGAGAGUUCUUCGUCAACAAUUCA